AUGCUGGCUCUGGGAGGGGAAGAGGGGAAGCAGACAAGUGAAAAUGUUUCUUCUUCAGCUGAAGAGGAGAAGCCUGCAUUCUGGAAUGUGAAAGCUGGAGACGCAUUACAUAAGGCCUCGCAACUGACGCGUAAUGUUCACAGAGCGAAGAAUCUCAUCCUCUUCAUUGGAGAUGGCAUGGGCGUCACCACAGUUACAGCAGCCAGGAUCCUGAAAGGACAAAUGAACGGACAAUCAGGUGAAGAGUACUCUCUGGAGAUGGACAAGUUCCCCUACGUGGCUUUGUCUAAGACAUACAAUGUAGAUCAGCAGAUGCCUGACAGUGCUGCCACCGCCACUGCCUACCACUGUGGCGUAAAGGCCAACUAUGGCACGGUGGGCCUUAGUGCAGCCGCACGGAGAUACCAGUGCGGCACAACCAUGGGCAACGAGGUCAAGUCCGUCCUUCACCGGGCCAAGAACGAAGGGAAGUCGGUGGGUAUCGUGACCACCACGCGAGUCCAGCACGCCUCCCCGGCCGCUGCCUACUCACACUCGGCCAAUCGAGGCUGGUACAGCGACAAGGAACUCUUGGAGGAUGAUACUACUGGAAACUGCAAGGACAUUGCCUACCAGCUGGUCCACAACACUGAUAUCAACGUUAUCCUGGGAGGGGGUCGGCAGUACAUGCUACCAAACACCACCAAAGAUCCGGAGUAUCCCACUUAUUCUGGAAGUCGCCAAGACAAAACUAAUCUUAUUGACGUAUGGCUGAAGAAUAAGCAGAAUGCCAAAUAUGUGUGGAAUAAGAAACAGCUGGAUGAGAUUGACGAGGACAAGACAGACUACUUAAUGGGACUCUUUGAGCUAAAGGACACAGAUUAUGAAAUCGAAAGAGACACAACCAUGGACCCAUCUCUCUCCGAGAUGGUGGAGAAGGCUGUGAAAAUACUACGCAGGAACCCGAACGGAUUCUACCUUUUCGUAGAAGAUAAGGGGAGAAUAGACCACGGCCAUCAUGGCAGCAAGGCAAAGAAGGCACUCACGGAGGCUGUGGAGUUUGACAAUGCCAUCGGCAAAGCGCUGUCUCUCACCAGUGUCCUGGACACCCUGUCUGUGGUGUCAGCCGACCACUCCCACGUCUUCGCCUUUGGGGGCUACUCUGAAAGGGGGAAUCCCGUUUUAGGAUUGUCACGGUCUCUGGCUGACGAUGAGAAGCCAUUCACGACUGCCGUAUAUGGAAACGGCCCUGGGUACAUAAAUGGCAGUCGGCCGGUCCUUAAUACAAAUGUGACAGAGGACAAAGACUACGAACAGCAGUCCCCGGUGCCUCUGGGUUCCGAGACGCAUGGCAUUGAAGACGUAGCUAUCUUCGCCCAGGGCCCCAUGGCCCACCUCUUCCACGGGGUCCAGGAGCAGAGCUACAUUGCCCACGCCAUGGCCUACGCCGCCUGCCUGGAGCCCUACAAAGACUGCCAGCUGCCAGACAGAGUACCGGAUAGCAGUAGUGGAUUGGUCCAGAGCAGCCUGCUGCUUCUGUUGCUGCCCAUACUAUCCUCUCUCUUCGGUCUGUUCCAUGUCUAAAAGUGUAAACACUCACACUCACACUCACACUCACACAUGAACAUGCACGCAUGGACACACACACACA